GUAUGUCACUAUUCGAUAGCGCUAAACAGACUGGUAUGUGAUCGGCUUUGGGUUAUGCUAAGUUAGUAACAUCUAAAGGACAUUAAUAGGCAGAAUUAUGCAUUUGUCUGAGUCUUUUGUGACUAUGGAGUUGUAAGGUGACUUCCACUUGGAGUGGUACAUUUUUUAUCUAUGAAACCUUAACAAAUGUGAAAGAAUGGAUUCUGGUGGUCUUCAGCCUCAACAUCCAGGCCAUGUUAGAGUCGUGUAGCAGGUCUAUGUACAGCCAAGACGAAUGUUUAUAUACAGGCCUACACUUUGCUGAACCCUACACACCUUUUAUUCAGACUUUUUUAUUAGAACUUGUGCGGUUGAUUUGAAGAAGUAGGUACAGCAUUAGGCCUAUAGCCGACAUUACCAUAUAUGGACAAGUCUAAAUAGUGGGUCUUGAUCCCUUUCUAAUUGCAGCACUGAUUACGUCAAUAUAUUUCCUGGAAACUAUAAUAAAGAUUUAAUCAAAGACCAGAGCUAUAUCCAUCAGGUUAUGUGAUUGUUCUCUCAAAUGGACAUUGCUUAUUAAUGAGGCUAAAAUGGGUGGAUUAUAUUUGUAUGAAUGUCCGCCUAUUUGAUGACCUCCAAAUUAAUGAAAAACAUUUUCUGACGUCAACACUUGAGUCCAGUGGUAGAUGAAGUGUCCAUUUGCGAUGACUAAUUUAAUUUAAUUUAUUUAUUAAUUCAUUAGGGAGGCUAUGCCUCUGCGAUUCCUAUCAUUCCAAUCAUCUUAAAUUAAAUAUAAAAUAAAGCAAAGGCUAGAUUCGCAUUUAUGUAUCAUAACGGUGCAUUUAAAAAAAUGCAUUUACCAAUCAAAGGCGUAAAGGACGUGCGUCGUGCACGCGGACGCCUCUCCAUUCCACACACGGGCACGCGCAAUCAAACAAAUGAUUGGUGAAAAACACCGACGGCAUCGACCACCCUGCCUACCCGCCCUCACAGCCCCUAUAACGGUGACAUCCCGUUCUGGUCCGGAUAACGACAACACGACAACAUGUCAACACGGACGCUGAUUUCGGUCCCACUCUGAGGAUGAGGAUGUCUUAACGGACCUGAUUGAAGAUCUCCAGCCAGGAGGACGAAGGAGAAAGGGGAAAAAAAUGCAACGAUUAUUUUUUCCUCGACAGGCCGUCUCCCUGCCGGCCUGACCAUGGUCUACGCGCCGUCGACCGGCCUGCUGGCCAUCAAGCCCUCCCUCUACUCGCCCUCCUUCUCCUUCCCGCUCUUCCUAAACUUCUCCGAUGCGGUCAACUCCUCCUCCUCCUCUUCCUCCUCCUCCUCCUCCUCCUCCUCCUCAGGGGUCCCGCUCGGCCCCACCUCCACCGCCGCCGCCCUCCCCUCGGAGCGCCUCGGGGCCUCGGGCGGCCCGCACAACGCCACCCUGGGGGGGGCGGGGCUCCAGGUGACCUACGACCUGGCCCCGGCCGAGGUGGCGGUGCUGGGGCUGGUCUUCGGCGCGCUGUGGCUCGUCUCCCUCCUGGGCAACGCGCUGGUGUGCCUGGUGAUCCACCGCAGCCGCCGCACGCAGUCCACCACCAACUACUUCGUGGUGUCGAUGGCGUGCGCCGACCUGCUGCUGUCGCUGGGCGGCGCCCCCUUCGUCCUGCUGCAGGUGGGCGCCGGCCGCUGGCCACUCGGCGGCGCCGCCUGCAAGCUGGUGCGCUACCUGCAGCACCUGUGCCCCGGCGUGCAGGUGUACGUGCUGCUGUCCAUCUGCGUGGACCGCUUCUACACCAUCGUGUACCCGCUCAGCUUCAAGGUGUCGCGCGGGAAGGCCAAGAAGAUGAUCCUGGCGUCCUGGCUGCUGGACGCGGCCUUCGUGGCGCCGUGCCUCUUCUUCUACGGCGGGGCGCUGUCGUCGCGGGCGGGCCACUGCGACUUCUUCCUGCCGUACACCUGGGCGGGCGUGGUCUACGGCGUGGCCCACCUGCUGCUGGGCUUCCUGGUGCCGGUGGCGCUGAUGGCGUCCUUCUACCAGCGGGUGGUGCGCUACAUCUGGCGGGUGGGCGCCGACGGGCUCACGCUGCGCCGCACCAUGAACAUCGUGCCCCGGACUAAGGUCAAGACCAUCAAGAUGUUCCUCAUGCUCAACUCGGUGUUCCUGCUGACCUGGACGCCUUUCUACGUGGCGCAGCUCUGGCACCCCCGGGAGUCGGCCGGCGGCUCCCACCGCCAGGGGGCGCUGUUCUUCACGGCCGUGGCCUGGAUCUCCUUCAGCUCCACGGCGUCCAAGCCCACGCUGUACUCGGUGUACAACGCCAACUUCCGCCGGGGCAUGAGGGAGACCUUCUGCAUGUCGUCCAUGAAGUGUUACCGCAGCAACGCGUACACCAUCACGGCCAGCACGCGCAUGGCCAAGAAGAACUACGUGGGCGUGGUGGACGUCCCCGUGCACGCCAAAGCGCUCACCAAGGACUCCAUCUGUGACACCUUCGACCGCGAGGCCAAGGAGAAGAAGCUGGCCUGGCCCAUCAACGCCAACCCCCCCAACACCUUUGUGUAGCCGGAGCCACACUAACCCUCAACCAGCCAUUGACACAACGUGGAUGAUAAUCGCACAGACAUUUUAAAAGGAGAAUGGCUUUGAAAUGCACAAGUCCAGGGGGAGGUAAUCAAUCCGUCUUUUACCUUUAACGGCAGUCCCCAGUGGGAAAGGGAAGUGUGGGA